AUGCCGACGGAUCGUCCUGACGCAUGCUUGGAGAAAAUGAAUUCGACCUUGUCACGUCAUUUCUGCAUUACAAAAUGGCGUGUAAUUCUCCAUCCAACAUUUCAUGACCCGGGUGCCGAACAUUUUUUGGUGAUUUAUCGGUGUCAUGAUGCAAUUUUCUUGUUCUGUCGUAUAUUUCACGCCGUCGGUGAACAAUGGACCAUGAUUCCGCCACCAGACAUCAGCAUGCCUUCAACAUUUGGUAACGUCGAG